UAAAUUCUCUAAUUUCAGUGAAACAUAAAUUAAGUAGUAUAUAUUGUUGAAUUUCUUCUAGUGGAAUGAAAUUGUAUAAAAAUGUUUCUUCAUAAGCAGUGCAAAAAAAUGUACAAUUAUUCCCACAUUUUUAGAUAUGGGGCUGUCUUGCCCUCGCUCCGCUUUCUAUCAUCUGGUUGUUUUCGUUUCAGUCAGCCAUGCAACAACCUUCCUCCAUGGGAGCUUCCUACUGGAUUUGACACUGGAAUAGAAGUUUAUAACUCAGCAGUAAAAACUAGGGUGCCUCUUAUAACCAAGAGACCUGGUCACCUGAUGUGGUACAUGUGUGGUCCAACUGUGUACGACUCAGCCCACAUCGGUCAUGGCCUCUGCUAUCUCCGGUUUGACAUCAUCCGACGUAUUUUGAGAGACUAUUUCCACUUAAGCGUCUUCCAGGUCAUGGGAGUCACGGAUAUUGAUGACAAAAUCAUCAAAAAAGCAAAUUAUUUUAAGAGCGAUAUUGGGGAAGUGAGCCGACACUUUGAGGCUGAGUUCUGGCAAGACAUGUCACUGCUGGGCAUCCAGAGGCCGGACAAGACCAUGCGCGUCACAGAACACAUUCCGCACGUCAUCCAGUUCGUGCAAGACAUUCUCGAUGCCGGCUUUGCAUACCAGGUUGCUGAUGGUUCAGUGUUCUUCAAUAACAUCGCCUACAGAAAAUCUAGAGGUCUUCAUUUGCCUGAGGAUUUUAAAUGCGAGCUAAGCGCUGAUGACAGCUUUGAGGCAAGCCAAACGGACGCGCAAGACCCCCACAAGCGACACCCCAUCGACUUUGCGCUGUGGAAGGGAAGCAAGAAGGACGAGCCUUCAUGGCCGUCGCCCUUCGGCAGGGGCAGACCUGGCUGGCACAUCGAGUGCUCGGCCAUGGCCAGCUCUGUGUUCGGAGACACACUGGACGUCCACAGCGGAGGAAUAGACCUGUGGUUCCCUCAUCACUACUGCGAGGAAGCUCAGUGCUGUGCUCGACACUCUAGCAACAUCUGGACCAACUACUGGUGGCAUUCUGGACAUCUGACAAUCGAUUGUGAAAAGAUGUCGAAGAGUAUAGGGAACGUUGUGAGCAUCCGGGAGCUUCUGCAGACACAUUCAGCCAACACCUUCCGACACUUCGCCCUCACUUCCCAUUACACAAACCCGGUGACAUAUGGAGACAGUACCUUGGCUCAGGCUGCUAAUCAGGUCUCCAAGAUUCAAGAGAUGCUGAACGCGGCUCAUCAUUUCCUGUCUUCCACCCCCAAAGUCGACCUCAUUCGCACAUCUUCGUGCGAGCAGCAUCCUCUGAUGCAGGCGUUGUUGCAGACCAAAGCGAAUGUGGACGACUGCCUGAGGCAUGAUUUCAACACCGCAAAGGCUAUGCGUUCAAUUUUCGCCUUAAUAUCUCUUACUAACAAAUAUCUCUAUAGGGAGUCUCUAGGGAAAUUGAACUCUAUCGACAGCUCUAGAGAAUCUAGUGUUUCUAGUCAACUCACAAAUAGUUAUAAUAUAAAUUUAGCCGCUGAAAGUGGACAUUGUAUGAAUGAAGUUGUAGAUAUUUCGUUAGCCUCUUCCAAAGAAUUAACUAGUACAAAUCAUGAAAAUAGUAAUGAAUUGGAGCUACAUUCCGUAGAAAAUGAGUUAGGGCACGAGGCUGAGGCUGGGCAAGAGGCUGAGGCUGGACACGUGGAGAUUGCGGCCGUCAGGAACUACGUGCUUGGCCUCAUGACGCUGCUGGGCAUGAACUACAAAGCCGGACAUGAAGUGCAAUCGAGCAAGUCUGAGAGCUUGGAAGCCUCGUCUGACUUGGAGAAGCGUUUCCCUGACGUGAUGCAGGCGCUACUGACCUACCGAAACACUGUCAGGGAUUUUGCUCUACUAAAGAACAUCCCGGCUGGCCAGUUCAAGGCGUUGAGUAAAGAAGAGCAGAGAGCCAGGCGUCAGGAGAUGGCUCCCCUGCUACAGGCUGGCGACGAGCUCAGGACGCGUCUCAACGAAUGCUCCAUCCUGAUCAAGGAUCUGAAGGAAGGCUCGAGCUGGACGUUCUCCGAUCAACUCGCUGGACGAAAAGCUGAUCGAGAAACUGAGAAGAACUAAAAAUUAUAGCUCCGUGAGCUGAGCUGUGAUUUACACUUCUUGACCUCGACACCAACGCUUGGCUGCGUAUCGAGUCCUCAAUCAUCAUUCACUGGAAAUUUUGUAUUUUUAGUCUUUUUAAGAUAUUCUUUGUAAGAACCAACGCAAUAUUCUGGGUUCGAUUCUAAUGCU